AUGGCUACAAGGUUAGAAGGGAUAGUUAAUGCUGUAGUUGAACCACGUAAAAUUCUUGUGCGUGUUUUGAUUCUUUCAUUCUUGUUUUCAUUUGGGUUCUUGAGUUUCUUGGAUGAUUCAAGUGAACAUGGACUACUUCCAAAUCACAUACAAAGUAGAAAAAGGAAAAUGAAUGGGCAAGGAGAGAAGCUACAAAUGAUGUAUCUUGAUAACCAAUUACAGAAACCCCCAAAAAUGAAACAGAAUGAUCAUCCGAUUGAUAUAGGAGCAGGAGUAUCAGUUUGUCAGUAA